ACGACACCACCAUAUUUGUCCUCGGAUUCUACACUCUGACGAUGGAACGUAAUUCCGACCUCUGCAGACAAGACCCAAGCAAUAUCCAAGCAUGGCUGGUUGGCCAUGGAUUGGCCUCUCUUGUCGCAGCAGUCUACCUUAUCAGAAAGGGAGGCAUUCCCGGUGCCCAUAUUCAUAUUUUUGACCUCCACUCCGACGUGGGAGGUGAAAUGAUCGUUUCCGGAAACGCAGAAGACGGUUAUUCUCUCCCCUUCUACUGCCUCCCCUACCUUCAUGGGGAAUGUGUGAAAGAGCUCCUGGAUCUGGUGCCGGAUAUCCAGCAUAAUGGUAAAUCGCUGGCGGAUGAUGUGCGUGAGUUUCGAUGUCAACUGCCACACAGAGGACUGCCGCACCCUGUUCCGCGAGCUGUGAGCUUGGAUCCCUCGGGCACCGAAGCGGUGUCUACGAAGGGCAUUCAGCUGGGUCUGAAGGAUCGGAUGGAGCUGAUCAAGUUCAUCGUGAACCCUGAACGAGCGCUGCACGCGAAAAGAAUCGAGGAAGUCUUCGAGAAACCAUUCUUUGACACGGGGUUCUGGUCCCUAUGGUCCACCACGUUCGCAUUCCAGCCGUGGCAUAGCGCUGUCGAAUUUCGACGCCAUCUUCGAAAAUACCUUGAAGACAUUCAGACUCUGAACGAUGUUGAGAAAUCCAUUCAUACGCGAUUCAACCUCUUCGAAUCGAUCAUCCUUCCCAUCACACGAUAUCUGAAGAAUGAAAAGGUAGACUUCCGCUACCACGCCGAAGUCACGGACAUCAAGUUCUAUCCCGACAGCGACCCAACCACGGUCUCCGAGAUCACCGUGAUGGAAGACGACCGAGAGUGCUUGAUCGAUCUCGACCCCCAGGACAUCUGUCUGGUUGAUGUCGGCUUUUCACGCUCCGGGGCGGUCUUCGGCACCAACGACCACCCCCCGCCGUUCCUUUCGUCGGAUUGGGAGGACCUUCUCCUCCGCGAAUGGCGCCUGUGGCAGACGCUUGCCCGCAAGUCCCCGAAAUUUGGAGACCCGAUGACCUUUCUGUCCCGUCCGCUGGAGUCCGGCAUCGAGACCUUCACAACCACCCUACGCGGCUCAACUUUCAUGGAUCUCUACGACAAACUCACGCAGGACAAGGCCGGCACAGGGGCUCUCCUCUCUCUCGUCAAGAGUAACUGGUCGCUGACGAUCAGUGUCCCCCAUCAGACCCUCUUCGCCUCCCAGCCGGACGACGUGCACAUCCUGUGCGGAUACGCGCUGCGUCCCUCCGAGGAGGGCAAUUUCGUACACAAGCCCAUGUUCGCCUGCACCGGCAAAGAGGUCUUCACCGAGGUGCUGGCGCACCUUAACUUCCUCCCGUGCCAGGAGGUGAUGCUCGCGGAGAACGCCAUCACAAUCCCCUGUGGCAUGCCUUUGGGAACGGCGCCGUUCUUGACGCGCAAUGCGAAGGACCGUCCCCCGGUGAUUCCCUCCAAUACGACUAAUGUGGCCAUGCUGGGACAGUUUGCGGAGCUCCCGGAUGAUACCACCAUGAGUUUAGAUUACAGUGUGCGUACAGCACAGGUGGCUGUGACGGAGUUGUUAGGGCUUCCGCAGCGGCCGGUCUCGGUGAACAAGAAUAUUUUCCUGGAGAUUCUGGAUUUGCUGGUUUAGCUUUGUUUUCUGGUCUAUUUGCUUAUCUUUUCAUGUUUGGCGAUCACCGGGCAUAUCCGACUUAAGCUGUCGGAUCUCAUUGUCCAAACAGAUUGAGUAAUUCAUUUUAUUGAAUAUCUGGGAUAGUCCGAUAACUUGAUUUAAUCCGAGCCUUGCAUUCCAUUUCUGCAAUGCUCACCUUUUGCUAGAGAUCUCUUUCCCAGUCUAAGAACAUCCCUACACAAACAUGCAAAGCAAAGAAAAGGUUACUUGAUCUACGCUGGUUUUGCCUGCCCAC